AUGGCGAGCGCAUAUUCGGAGAAAGAGCCUGUGGCGCGAGAUACCUUGUAUAGCCCGCCUUCGACGGGAGGGUUGAAGAGCAAAGAGCAGGAAAUUGACAGUCGAUCCAUCCAAUCGACACCGUCCAUCACACCUUCCACGCCCUCGACAGCAGCAGAGCCCCAAGAUAUCGAGAUCGGAAACGAUGUGCUGCGAAGGACUGUCACGCUCAAGAAUCCCCUGGUCAAGAUCCCUCGUUCGGAGAGGCGCGGUCUCUUCGCGCGCUUUGCCCUCGUGGCCGAGGUCACCGAGCCUGUAGACUACAACAAUCGCACCAAAUGGUUUAUUACCUUGACUGUGGCCAUUGCCGCCGCUGCAGGCCCGGCUGGGAGUGGCAUCAUCCUUCCAACUCUUGAUCAGGUGGCCACUGAGCUUCACACCACAGCGACUACGACCAAUCUGUCCAUCGCACUGUACAUGCUGAGCAUGGCCAUAUUUCCAUUGUGGUGGUCCGCAUUUUCAGAGGCUUCGGGACGUCGCUCAGUCUAUCUCGUGUCUUUUGCUCUCUUCACCGUGUUUGCUGUCUUGAGUGCCGUGUCUCAGUCGAUCGCUAUGCUUGUGAUCAUGCGAAUGUUAUCUGGCGGAGCUGCAGCGUCAGUCCAGGCCGUCGGAGCAGGCACCAUCGCUGACAUCUGGGAGGUGAGGGAGAGAGGCAGUGCUAUGGGGAUUUUCUAUCUCGGUCCACUUUGCGGUCCAUUGGUGUCGCCCAUCGUGGGCGGUGCUCUAGGCCAACGCUGGAAUUGGAGGGCCACCCAGUGGGCUCUUGUCGUACUCGGAGUCCUAACCUGGAUUAUGGUCUUCUUUGCGCUGCCCGAGACUCUCAAAAGGAGAAAAGCCGUUGUCGAGGAGUUCGCGGCCGAGACAGCUUCCGUGGCAAGUCGCGGCAGUCGACCCGACUUGAGUCGGGCUUCGACGCGGGAGGUCGUCCAGGAAAGGUCGAAGAAGUACCUGAAGGCGACGAAGACGAUGGUCGUGGACCCCCUGAGGGUCAUCUUAUACCUCAGGUUUCUACCCGUGGCAUUGACAGUCUACUAUGCUUCGGUGACAUUUGGCUCGCUUUACGUCCUGAAUGUAAGCAUACAGUAUACGUUUGAAAGAGAACCAUACCAAUUCUCGACCAUCAUUAUCGGGCUCCUGUACUUGCCCAACUCGGUCGGGUACUUCUUUGCCAGCAUAAUUGGUGGUCGGUGGAUGGACUCCAUCAUGCACCGGGAAGCCAUGAAGGCCAACCGAGUCAACGAGCAGGGGAAGUUGAUCUUCCGACCUGAAGAUCGGAUGCGCGAGAAUGCAUGGCUGGGUGCCUUCCUCUAUCCUGCAGCCAUGAUUUGGUAUGGUUGGACCGUAGAGAAUGGGGUCUUUUGGCUGGCACCGAUGAUCGCGAACUUUUUCUAUGGGAUAGGCACGAUGCUCAUUUUCGGCAUCGCUACGACCAUGCUGACCGAGUUCAUGCCUCAACGAUCGUCGGCCGGCGUCGCCUUGAACAACUUCUGUCGAAAUAUUCUUUCAUGUAUUGGCAGCAUCGUUGGGGCGCCUUUGAUAUCCUCCAUUGGCAAUGGGUGGCUGUUUACCAUCCUGGCUCUUUGGACAUUUUCCAGCGCCUCGGUCAUUUGGGCCAUGAAGCGAUAUGGGCCACGGUGGCGAGAAAAGCUAGACCGAGAACUUAGAUGA